AAUUUCCAUUACAACAACUCCCCAGAAAAUAAAUAAAAAAAUAAAAAGAAAAAAAAAAGAAAAAAAAAAGAAAAAAAAGAAAAUCUUCUUCAUUUCAAAGUUCUUCUUCAACGCGUUUAUAUCAUUAUUGCAGAAAUAAGAUAAUUUUCCCAGUAUUUAGGGCAAACCAGCGACUAAUCUAUUAAAUCCGAAAUUAAAGGGAUUUGAAUUGAUUCCAAAAGCUCUAAAUUCAAAUAGCAAAAAUCUAUUAACUUUUCCACAUUUCAACUACAUUGAUAAAUUCAUUGUUUUUCUUUGACAGAAUUAAAGACUGGUUUGUGAUUUGUGGUUUUUGGAAUUGAGCUUAGAAAUAGAUAGAUCGGUGUAGGAUCCUUGGAUUGAUCGGAGAAAAGAGGGAUCGAACGGUGCGGAGUAAUCCGGUACGUCGGAUGAGAAACGACGUCGUCGGAUGUUCCAACGAAAAACGAUGAAAUGGACAACAUUGCUUAAGGAUUUGAAAGAGAAGGUUGGAUUAACUCAGCAGCAACAACAACAGCAGCAGCAACCUUCUUUGUCGUCUUCAUCUUCGUUGUUAUCGGGUUCUUCGGCGUUUUCCGUUUCUUCUUCAGCUGGGGUUGAUGAUAAUUACAAUGGCGCAACACAUUCGACACCCGAAAAGCGUCGCAGUUACUUCACCACUGCAAGGGACAAACAUGAGCUUGAGCUGGAUUUCAAGAGGUUCUGGGAAGAGUUUCGUUCUUCUAGUUCGGAGAAGGAAAAGGAAAUGGCUUUGAAUAUGGCUGUUGACGCGUUUUGUAAAUUAGCGAAGCAACAUACUGAUAUAGCACAGUUAGUUAAGAUGUUAGUUGAAAUGCAUAUAUUUUCAUUCGUUGUUGGAAGGGCUUUUGUUACAGAUAUUGAGAAACUAAAAAUGAGCAACAAGGCAAGAUCAUUAAGUGUAGAGGAAGUUUUACGUUUUUUUUCUGAGGUCACAAAGGAUGGUAUAUGCCCUGGUGCAAAUUUACUGACUGCCAUAGGACUUCUUGUAUCUGGACCACUUGAUAAACAGUCUCUUCUUGAUUCUGGAAUCCUCUGCUGCCUUAUACAUAUUCUGAAUGCUCUUCUGGGUUCUAUGGGAGGAUUUAUUGCUAAUAAGGAUUCUGACAUCAAUGAACAAUCAGCAAGUGGCGAUGCAACAGGUGCUGGUAGUCUUCAAACUCGUAAGCUCGAGGUUGAAGGAAGUGUUGUGCAUAUCAUGAAGGCAUUAGCUAGCCACCCUUGUGGGGCUCAAAGUUUGAUUGAGGAUGAUUCACUGCAGCUACUUUUUCAAAUGGUGGUCAAUGGUUCUUUGACUGUUUUUAUGCAAUAUAGAGACGGUCUUGUUCCCUUGCAUUCCAUUCAGCUUCACAGACAUGCAAUGCAGAUUCUCGGUCUGCUUUUAGUGAAUGACAAUGGCAGUGCAGCCAAGUACAUUCGGAAACAUCACUUGAUAAAAGCUCUUUUAAUGGCUGUCAAGGAUUUCAAUCUUGAUUGCGGUGAUCCAGCUUACACAAUAGGCAUUGUGGACUUAUUGCUCGAAUGCAUUGAGCUUUCACAUAGACCUGAGGCUGGAAGUGUUAAGCUCCGAGAGGAUAUUCAUAAUGCCCAUGGUUAUCACUUCCUUGUUCAGUUUGCGUUGACACUGGCUUCCAUACCCCAGAAUAAGUAUGAUCAGUCUACAUACACUAAUUCUUUCUCCGAACAUUCAGUCAUGGAUGGCCCUCUUGGGAUUGGAAAUUCAGAAAAAAUGGAAGUGAUAGACAGAGGAGAUGGAAGGAAAUCUAAUCUUUCGCCUGCACUUACUAGGUUACUGGAUGUUCUUGUAAAUUUAGCUCAAACUGGUCCAGCAGAACCACCUGCACUCAGAAGCUCUAAAAUAUCUCAGUCCAAAGGUGGUGUCCAUGGAAGAAGUCGUUCAGCUUCAACUGAUCUUAAUACUGAUGAAAUCUGGGAGAAAGGAAACGGUAAAGUUAAAGAUCUUGAGGCAGUGCAGAUGUUGCAGGAUAUAUUUCUUAAAGCAGGCUGCACAGAGUUGCAGGCAGAAGUUUUGAACCGAAUGUUCAAGAUAUUCUCCAGUCAUAUUGAGAAUUAUAAAUUGUGUCAACAAUUGCGCACCGUACCACUCUUCAUCCUGAAUAUGGCUGGGUUUCCUUCUGCUUUGCAAGAAAUAAUAUUAAAGAUCCUUGAAUAUGCUGUCACCGUUGUGAAUUGCAUUCCUGAGCAGGAGUUGCUUUCACUCUGUUGUCUGCUACAGCAGCCUAUUACAUCUGAUUUGAAGCAUACAAUUCUUUCUUUCUUUGUAAAGCUCCUAUCUUUUGAUCAGCAGUACAAGAAGGUCCUGCGAGAAGUAGGUGUACUUGAGGUUUUGUUAGAUGAUCUGAAGAAUAACAAGUUUCAGUCAGGACCAGAUCAGAAAAAUGGUGAACAAAACCACUUGGAGAGGAAAUCCAGCCCAAGUGGCUUCCAGAAACAUAUGGACAGCAAAAAUGCAAUCAUCACUUCACCUAAACUUAUGGAUUCUGCCUCAGGAAAGUGCCUUCUAUUUGAAGUUGAUGCUACUACCUCUAUUGCUUGGGAUUGUAUGGUUUCUUUGCUAAAGAAAGCUGAGACGAAUCAAUCCUCUUUCCGAUCAGCAAAUGGUGUGGCUGUUGUUCUUCCUCUUUUAGUGUCUGAUGCUCACCGCUCUGGGGUGCUCCGAACAUUGUCAUGCUUGAUUAUGGAGGAUGUUACUCAGGCUCACGCUGAAGAACUGGGAGUUAUGCUUGAGGUUAUGAAAAGUGGAAUGGUUACCAGUGUUUCAGGUUCUCAAUUUAAGCUGCAUGAUGAUGCCAAGUGUGACAUUUUUGGAGCCUUGUGGCGCAUCUUGGGUUUCAAUGAUUCAGCUCAGAGAGUGUUUGGUGAAGCAACUGGAUUCUCUCUGCUACUGACUACUUUACAUAGUUUUCAGAGUGACGGAGAGCAGAUGGAUCAGUCUCAAUCUGUGAUUCAUGUUAAGGUUCUUACAUACUUAAUACGUGUGGUGACAGCUGCAGUUUGUGAAAACCCCAUUAAUAGAGCAAAGUUGCACUUAAUAGUCUCAUCACAUACAUUCUAUGAUCUUUUAUGCGAGUCAGGGUUACUGUCUGUAGAUUUUGAAAGACAAGUGGUGCAUCUGUUGUUAGAGCUCGCUCUUGAAAUAGUUAUUCCUCCUUUCUUGGCUUCAGAAAAUGCCACAUCAUGUGAUGAGGUUGAAUCAUCCAGCUUUCUUACUACACCCUCUGGUGGUGUCAAUCCUGCAAUGGAGAGGGUGUAUAAUGCUGCUGCUGUUAGGGUAAUUAUACGGUCCUUGUUGCUAUUUACUCCUAAGGUACAGUUGGAGGUUCUGGAACUUAUUGAGAAGCUUGCUUGUGCUGGGCCUUUUAAUCAGGAAAACCUUACAUCUGUCGGUUGUGUGGAGCUUCUGUUAGAGAUGAUUCACCCCUUUCUUCAAGGUUCAUCACCCUUACUUUCACAUACUUUGAGGAUUGUUGAAGUUCUGGGUGCAUAUAGGUUGUCUACAAAUGAACUUAGAUUGCUUGUCAGAUAUGUUCUUCAGUUGAGGAAGAAAAAUUCUGGUGAUAGUCUUGUUGGUAUGAUGGAAAGGCUAAUAUAUAUGGAGGAUAUGGCUUCGGACAGUGUUUCUUUGGCUCCCUUUGUAGAGAUGGCCAUGAGCAAAGUUGGUCAUGCUUGUAUCCAAGUCUCACUUGGGGAAAGAUCUUGGCCUCCAGUAGCUGGUUAUUCUUUUGUUUGCUGGUUUCAGUUUCAGAAUUUCUUAAAGUCGCCGACAAAGGAGCCUGACCAACCCAAGGUUGGCCCAAGGAAGCUAAGCUCUUCCGGACAGCAGCAACAAAUUUUGAGAUUGUUUUCUGUUGGAUCUGUAGAUAGUGGAAAUACAUUCUAUGCAGAGCUUUAUCUUCAAGAGGAUGGAGUCCUAAAACUUGCAACGAGCAAUUCUUCCUCACUAUCAUUUUCUGGUUCUGACUUGGAGGAAGGUCGAUGGCAUCAUCUUGCCGUGGUUCACAGCAAACCAAAUGCUUUGGCUGGUUUGUUUCAAGCUAGUACUGCUUACGUAUAUCUCAAUGGGAAACUAAGAUACACAGGGAAGCUUGGAUAUUCUCCAUCUCCUGUAGGAAAACCUUUGCAGAUAACGAUAGGUACGCCAGCCACUCACACAAGAGUUAGUGAACUUCAGUGGAAGUUACGAAGUUGCUAUCUUUUUGAAGAAGUGCUUUCUUCUGGCUGUAUCUGUUUCAUGUACAUUCUUGGUAGAGGAUAUAGAGGUCUCUUUCAAGAUACAGACCUUUUGCGGUUUGUUCCCAAUCAAGCUUGCGGUGGGGAUGCCAUGGCCAUACUAGAUUCAUUGGAGGCUGAUGUGACUUCAGUUUCUGGAACACAGAAGCCCGACAGUUUUUCCAAGCCAGGCAACUCUAGGGCAGAUGGAAGUGGGAUUGUCUGGGAUUUAGAGCGUCUUGGAAACCUAUCCCUGCAGCUGUCAGGUAAGAAGCUAAUUUUUGCUUUUGACGGUACAUCUACAGAGCCUGUUCGAUCAUCUGGGACGCUAUCAUUGCUCAAUCUUGUAGACCCGACAUCAGCUGCUGCAUCUCCAAUAGGGGGUAUUCCACGAUUUGGACGUCUUAACGGCGACAUCUAUGUUUGUAAGCCUUGUGUAAUUGGUGAUAUAAUUCAUCCGAUUGGCGGCAUGGUUUCGGUUCUUGCUCUUGUUGAGGCGGCAGAGAGCAAGGACAUGCUACACAUGGCAUUGACCCUGCUUGCAUGUGCUCUGCAUCAGAAUCCACAAAAUGUGAGAGAAAUGCAAGCUUGCCGUGGAUAUCAUUUGCUAUCGUUAUUUCUUUACCGUAGAAUGUCACUUUUUGACAUGCAUUGUCUGGAGAUUUUUUUCAAGAUUGCUGCUUGUGAGGCUUCAUUCUCUGAACCAAAGAAGUUGGCUUUUACUCAUAUUAGCUUGUCUCCUGCGACAAGUGCUCCAGAGGCCAGUUUUGAGGAGCUUAAUCUAUCCAAGUUUCGGGAUGAGUUUUCCUCUGUUGGAUCUCUUGGGGACUUGGAUGACUUCUCGGCACAGAAAGAUACUUAUAGUCAUAUAUCAGAGCUUGAGACAGUUGAAAUGCCUGCUGAGAAUUCUAAUUGCAUUGUCCUCUCUAAUGCCGAUAUGAUUGAACAUGUGUUAUUGGACUGGACACUAUGGGUGACUGCACAAGUUUCUAUCCAGAUUGCACUGCUGAGCUUUCUAGAGCAUUUGGUGUCCAUUCAUUGGUACAGAUAUCAUAAUCUUACUAUACUUCGACGAAUAAAUCUUGUGCAGCAUCUGCUGGUUACUUUACAGAGAGGUGAUGUCGAGGUGCCUGUUUUGGAGAAAUUAGUUGUUUUACUUGGAGUUAUUCUGGAAGAUGGGUUUCUUGCUUCUGAACUAGAAAAUGUCGUUAGGUUUGUAAUUAUGACAUUUGAUCCGCCCCAGCUGACUAGUCGCUCUCAGAUUGUACGAGAAUCAAUGGGGAAGCAUGUCAUUGUGCGUAAUAUGUUGCUAGAAAUGCUUAUAGAUCUGCAAGUGACCAUAAAAUCAGAGGAGUUACUUGAGCAGUGGCAUCGAGUGGUGUCAUCAAGGAUAGUUACAUAUUUUCUUGACGAGGCUGUUCAUCCUUCUAGUAUGCGCUGGAUUAUGACUCUUCUUGGUGUGUGUCUGACAUCUUCCCCGACGUUUGCUCUCAAGUUUCGAACAAGUGGUGGCUAUCCAGGAUUGACACGAGUGCUUCCAAGUUUCUAUGAUUCACCAGACAUAUAUUAUAUUCUCUUCUGUUUGAUGUUUGGUAAGCCGGUUUACCCAAGAUUACCUGAAGUCCGCAUGCUGGAUUUCCAUGCUCUGCUGCCCAGUGAUGGGGAUCAUAGUGAGUUAAAAUUUGUGGAACUCCUGGAAUCGGUUAUUGCUAUGGCAAAGUCUACAUUUGAUCGGCUGAGCAUGCAAUCAAUGCUCGCCCAACAAACUGGUAAUCUAUCAAAAGUUGGUCCUAGCCUCGUUGCCGAGUUGGCGGAAGAAAAUUCUGAUAUGAUUGGAGAACUUCAGGGUGAAGCUCUAAUGCACAAAACAUAUGCCGCACGAUUGAUGGGCGGGGAAGCAUCAGCCCCUGCUUCUGCGACUUCAGUCUUGAGGUUCAUGGUUGAUUUGGCGAAAAUGUACCCCCCAUUUUCUUGUGUUUGUAGGCGAGCGGAAUUUCUUGAAAACUGUGUUGAGCUGUAUUUCUCAUGUGCGAGGGCUUCGUAUGCCGUUAAACUUGCAAGAGAGCUUUCUAUUAAAGCAGAGGAGAAGAACGUCAAUGACUUUGAAGAUACUAAUAGUUCUCAGAAUACAUUCUCUACUUUGCCUCAGGAUUAUGAUCAGUCCGGAAAGUUGUCUAUAAGUGUUGGAAGUUUCCCUCAAGAACAGGUGAGCACAAGCUCAGAAGAGAUGCCUAUGCCGAUCGAUGGCAGAAUUACAGUUGGAGACGAUUUGAGUGUCUCCGUUAGAGAGCCAGAAGUGAACAUAUUGACUGUGGCACAAGAACCCACUGUUAAUCAGAACGUAGAUGAUGAAGCCAUUGACAAAGUGACCACAAUCCCUCCUCAUGUCACCAAUGUAAACGUCCCAAAAAUAGGAAUCACACUUGAUCCGAGCACCCUUGCAAAUUCUCACAGUUCCACAUCUUUUGCAAUGCCUAAUUCACCCAUAUUAUCUGAGAGAUCAGGCUCAAAGUGGGCGUCCCCAGGUAUAGCUGCGCUCACAGAUGAAACUCAUGAAACUGCAAAUAACUCCUUGGCAUCUUUUAACUCGAUGAGUGAAAGUGAUUCUAUUGCUGAUAAGAAGUUUAGUCCUCGAGGAGCAUCUGCUGAAAACCCUUUUUUUGUAAUAAAUUCUCAGCUCUUGCUUGAAAUAGAUGAUUCUGGGUACGGCGGAGGACCAUGCUUUGCCGGUGCAACUGCAGUUCUAGAUUUUUUGGCUGAAGUUCUUUCUGAUGUUCUGACUGAGCAGAUAAAAGCUGUGCCGAUAGUGGAACGCCUUCUGGAGAAUGUCCCUGUAUAUGCUGAUAUCGAAGCUGUGCUAGUGUUUCAGGGUCUUUGCCUUAGUAGAGUUAUGAACUUUCUGGAAAGGCGUCUUCUGCGUGAUGACGAGGAAAAUUCCAAAAAGUUGGAUAAGAAUCGCUGGUCAUCAAAUUUGGAUAUAUUAUGUGGCAUGAUAGUUGACCGUGUCUACAUGGGUGCUUUUCCGAGACCCACUGGGGUUUUGAGAACGUUGGAGUUCUUGUUAUCAAUGCUUCAAUUGGCCAACAAAGAUGGCCGGAUUGAAGAAGCAUAUCCAGUUGCAAAAGGCUUAUUAUCUAUUGGAAGAGGAAAUAGGCAACUUGAUCCGUAUAUAAGUGCAAUCCUUAAGAACACAAAUAGGAUGAUAUUGUAUUGCUUUCUUCCAUCUUUUCUGGGUACCAUUGGAGAAGAUGAUCUUCUUUCAUCUUUAGGAAUACCAAACUUAAAUGAGAAAGGACAAACAACCACCUCUCGGCUAGAUGAAAAUGAAACUGGGAUUAAUGUUUGCACUGUUUUACAACUAUUGGAUGCUCAUAUACGAAUUGUUUUUUGUCCAAGUAAUGUGGAUACUGAAUUGAACUCGUGUCUUUGUGUUAAUCUGAUAUCACUUCUACGUGAUCAAAGACCUAAUGCUAGGAACAUGGCAAUGGAUAUCCUUAAAUUUCUACUAGUUCAUCGUAGGGCUUCUUUUGAAGAUUUGCUUGUGUCAAAGUCAAGUCGUGUGGAUGUACUACGUGGUGGUUUUGACAAACUCUUGACUGGAAGCUUGUCAAGUUUUUUCGAAUGGCUUCAGAUUUCUGAACACACUGUCAAUAGAGUUCUGGAGCAAGGCGCUGGCCUUAUGUGGGUGCAGUCAAUUAAUGGAUCUUCUAAGUUUCCAGGAAUACGAAUAAAGUCAAUGGAGAAUCAUCGUGGAAAUGAAAUGAUCAAGAAAUCAAAAGAAUUGGCUAGAUUAGAUGUAAAACACUGGGAGCAGAUAACAGAACGCAGAUAUGCACUUGACCAUGUCCGCGAUGCAAUGUCAACAGAAUUGCGAGUUGUGCGUCAGGAUAAGUACGGAUGGGUUCUUCAUGCUGAGAGUGAGUGGCAGACACAUCUUCAGCAGCUUGUACAUGAGCGAGGUAUAUUUCCCAUGCGUAAGUCUCCUGAGACAGGAGAAGCCGAGUGGCAACUUUGCCCCAUUGAAGGUCCAUACAGAAUGCGGAAAAAGCUUGAGCGAUGCAAGCUGAAAGUUGAUACCAUUCAAAAUGUGUUAGAUUGGCAGUUUGAUCUAGGUCAGUCAGAAUUUUCCAAAGAGAAAAAUGAGCUUGAUGCUUCUGAUUCUGGCUCAGGUUCUUUAUCUCAACUUUUAGUGGAUGGUGCCCAGCAGUUAUCUUUGGAUGACGUGCUAUAUGAUGAGUUCUCUGUCAAAGAUUCUGAAGAUGCUAGAGAAAUUUCUUCUGCUAGAGCAGCACCAAUUGAUGAUCGUGCUAGUAGUAUCAAUGAAGCAAGUCUUCAUUCUGCACUUGACUUUGGUGCACAGUCUAGUGUAUUAUCUUCAGGGCCUGUUUCUGAAAGCAUACAUGGAAGAUCUGAGUUGGAAUCUCCAGCAAUGUCUUCUUUGACGAAGACUGAUGAUAUUAGAGUUACCGAGGAAAAAUCAGAGAGAGAGUUACUUGACAAUGGGGAAUAUCUAAUUCGGCCUUACCUAGAGCCGCUUGAGAAGAUACGGUUCAGGUAUAAUUGUGAGAGAGUUGUUGGUCUUGACAAACAUGAUGGUAUCUUUCUUAUUGGAGAACUCUGCUUGUAUGUCAUUGAGAACUUCUAUGUCAAUGGUUCUGGGUGUAUCUGUGAGAAGGAAUCAGAAGAUGAACUAUCUGUUAUUGAUCAGGCGCUAGGAGUCAAGAAGGAUGCAAUGUUUAUGGAUUUUCAAUCCAAAUCAACUUCUUCAUGGGCUGCUACUGUCAAAACUUAUGCAGGCGGUAGGGCUUGGGCGUACAAUGGAGGUGCUUGGGGAAAGGAGAAAGUCUGUGCAAGUGGUACUUUGCCUCAUCCUUGGCGUAUGUGGAAGCUUGAUAGUGUACAUGAAAUUUUGAAGCGUGAUUACCAGCUGCGACCGGUUGCCAUUGAGAUUUUUAGCAUGGAUGGAUGUAAUGAUCUCCUGGUUUUUCACAAGAAGGAGAGAGAUGAGGUCUUCAGAAAUCUCGUUGCCAUGAAUCUACCAAGAAACAGCAUGUUGGAUACAACCAUUUCAGGGGCAUCAAAACAAGAAAGCAAUGAAGGUGGCCGCCUUUUCAAGCUUAUGGCUAAAUCUUUUUCCAAGAGGUGGCAAAACGGGGAAAUUAGCAAUUUUCAAUAUCUCAUGCACCUGAACACUUUGGCAGGACGUGGAUACAGUGAUCUCACGCAGUAUCCCGUCUUUCCUUGGGUUCUUGCCGAUUAUGAGAGUGAAGAUCUAGAUUUGUCAAAUCCCAGUACAUUUCGCAAACUUGACAAACCAAUGGGUUGUCAGACGCCUGAAGGUGAAGAGGAAUUCAGGAAGAGGUAUGAGAGCUGGGAUGAUCCAGAGGUUCCGAAGUUUCAUUAUGGCUCACAUUAUUCUAGUGCUGGAAUAGUUCUAUUCUAUUUAGUACGUCUUCCCCCAUUUAGUGCUGAAAAUCAAAAGCUGCAAGGUGGUCAGUUUGAUCAUGCUGAUCGUCUUUUCAAUAGUAUACGUGACACAUGGGGUAGUGCAGCUGGAAAGGGAAAUACUUCUGAUGUGAAGGAGUUGAUUCCAGAGUUCUUCUACAUGCCUGAGUUCCUUGCCAAUAGUUUCAAUCUUGACCUUGGGGAGAAACAGUCAGGAGAAAAGGUGGGAGAUGUUGUCUUACCUCCGUGGGCAAAAGGAAGUGUGAGGGAAUUCAUCAGAAAGCAUAGGGAAGCACUCGAAUGCGAUUAUGUUUCAGAGAAUCUACAUCACUGGAUAGACCUCAUAUUUGGCCACAAGCAAAGAGGAAAGGCUGCGGAGGAUGCAACAAAUGUUUUCUAUCAUUACACUUACGAAGGUAGUGUGGACAUUGAUUCUGUUACGGACCCUGCUAUGAAAGCUUCAAUUCUGGCACAAAUUAAUCACUUUGGACAAACUCCUAAGCAAUUAUUUCAAAAACCUCAUGUAAAGAGGAAAGUUGUGAGAAAGCCUCCUCACCCUUUGAAGCAUUCUAUCAAUCUUGUUCCUCAUGAUGUACGAAAGACCUCAUCCUCCAUAACUCAAAUUGUCACCAUAAAUGACAAAAUUCUUCUGGCUAGUACAAAUAAUGUGCUUAAACCAAGAACUUUUGCAAAAUAUGUUGCUUGGGGUUUUCCUGACCGUAGUUUGAGAUUUAUGAGUUAUGAUCAAGACAAACUUCUAUCAACGCAUGAAAAUCUUCAUGGAGGAAACCAAAUUCAGUGUGUUGGUGUCAGCCAAGAUGGUCAAACUGUGAUUACGGGCGGUGAUGAUGGAUUGGUUUCUGUUUGGAGAAUUCACAAGGACAGUCCUCGCAGAUUACGCCAAUUACAAUUAGAGAAAGGGCUCGCUGCUCACACAGCUAAGGUGUCGUGCCUCUAUGUGAGCCAGCCCUAUAUGUUGGUUGUCAGUGGCUCAGAUGAUUGCACAGUUAUUUUAUGGGACCUGAGCUCGUUAUCUUUCGUUAGGCAACUUCCAGAGUUCCCGUCACCUAUCUCAGCAGUUUAUGUCAAUGACCUCACAGGUGAUAUUAUAACCGCAGCUGGAGUUUUGCUUGCUAUCUGGAGCAUCAAUGGUGAUUGCCUUGCAGUAAUCAACACUUCCCAGCUUCCAUCUGAUUUUAUUGUAUCGGUGGCAAGCUCAACAUCAUCAGAUUGGCAGGAUACUAAUUGGUAUGUUACUGGGCACCAGAGUGGUGCCGUAAAAGUGUGGAAAAUGGUUCAUUGUACCAGCAAGGAAAGUGCCCAGAGUAAGGCAUCGUCCAACGGAACAGUUGGAUUGGCUCUCGGAAAAGCACCAGAGUACAAAUUACUGCUUCACAAGGUACUCAAGUCACACAAGCACCCUGUUACUGCGCUUCAUUUGACGACUGAUCUGAAGCAAUUAUUGAGUGGUGACUCAGCCGGACAUUUGCUAUCAUGGACAUUGCCUGGAGAGAGCUUAAGGAGUGCAUCUAGCCUCGGUUGAUGAUUUCUAUUUUUAGAAAUUUGGUUUAUUUGAUCCAUUUUGCAGCUCUUUAGCUAGGUUUUGAGGCUACAGCUAGUUCACUAAUAGAACCUUGCUAGAGUUUGGUGGUGCCUAUCCACGAGGAAAGACAGUUGUAGCAUGACAACAGGGCUCUCGUGGCGUAAAAAUGUGAAAGUGCGAUAAUUGCAGGAAGUUUCGAUAGUUGAGUGCCCUGUCAAUGAGGCUUCGAACAUAGAAGGAUCAUUGUAGAUGUGAUUGAUGCUUGGAUUUGAGUCACAUCGUGAAAGGCAGUGUUCUCGGGUUUGUGAGAUAAUAUUGUUACUAAUAUACUAAAUGUUGUAUGUAAAUAGAUGAAUUAGAGGCUGUGUGUGAUCAAUUGUAUAGCAUUACAUCGCCCCUUCCUCCCUGUUUUUUGGGGUAAAGAGGGGAUGAAGUUAUGGAUCAUUUACCAUGAUUCAUGAGUUUUAUUAAAGGAAGUUGGAAUGAUUUUGAAUCUUCCUUAUUCUAACCA